AUGCAUCACUUUGGUGACUUUGUAGACAGAGGGUAUUACAGCCUUGAGACUUUCACUUACCUCCUUGCACUCAAAGCCAAGUGGCCUGAUCGUAUCACCCUACUGAGAGGCAACCACGAGAGCAGGCAGAUCACACAGGUCUAUGGAUUCUAUGAUGAGUGCCAGACCAAGUACGGGAACGCCAACGCCUGGCGAUACUGCACCAAGGUGUUUGACAUGCUGACCAUAGCGGCGCUGAUAGACGAGCAGAUCCUGUGUGUGCACGGGGGCCUCUCCCCAGACAUCAAGACGCUGGAUCAGAUUCGAACCAUCGAGCGCAACCAGGAAAUUCCUCACAAAGGGGCCUUUUGUGACCUGGUCUGGUCUGACCCCGAGGACGUGGACACGUGGGCCAUCAGCCCCAGGGGAGCAGGCUGGCUCUUCGGGGCCAAGGUGACCAACGAGUUCGUCCACAUCAACAACCUGAAGCUCAUCUGCAGAGCACACCAGCUUGUUCACGAGGGCUACAAAUUCAUGUUUGACGAGAAGCUGGUCACAGUGUGGUCAGCUCCAAACUACUGCUACCGCUGCGGGAACAUCGCCUCCAUCAUGGUCUUCAAAGAUGUAAAUACAAGAGAACCAAAGCUGUUCCGGGCAGUCCCAGACUCAGAACGUGUCAUUCCCCCUAGAACAACCACCCCCUAUUUCCUCUGAGCCCCCCUGCCUGCUGUACCCUCCCCGUACUGCCCCUUUACAAUAUACUUUUUAUGGAGCACUUUGCUGCUGAAAUGCUGCCUCUUGCCUUUUUUAAUUUUAAAUUAUCUAAAUUUAUUGUGUAUUAUGGUGUCUGUAGCAAGUUAUUUUUUUUUCCUCCCUUUACCCUAGAUUAAUUUCAGAGUAUUUGUACUGUCCCUGACACUGAUACUACUGC